AUGUACGCUACAGCGCAAUUCUUCGCUGGCACCAAAGAUGGCAAGAAGCCAGCCUUCCUAAACUAUGCCACCGGAGAAUCAAACCUGCUCCCCGCCGUAAAGAAAAAGAUUCAUCUCAACGACAUCCGCACACUCACCAUUCAACCCACUCUCCAAUCACAUGGUUUCCAAAGAACCGACUUUUCAUCCUCCAUACAAGAAUCAACCUUCCUCAAGUCAUCUCCAGCAGGCCCCUCAUCAAGCGACGCAACAUCCAUUUAUUACCACGAAUGCGAAUCCCUCAUUCGUAGCCUUACUGGUGCCACAACCGUCCACGCCUUCCACCACCGCUACCGCCAGCAAAAAAGCUCGCCCACGGCAGACACUGAGAAGGUUAAAAUAUACACCACAACCCCCGUUCCAGACAUCCACAUCGACAACGACGCCUCGACCGCCCACGCACAUCUCUCGCGCCUCCUCCCAGAGGCAGAAGUAGCCCGCUGGACCGCCCCCGGCCGCCACUGGGCCAUUGUCAACGUCUGGCGUCCCCUCGCGCCCGUCCACCAAAUGCCACUCGCGCUGCUCGAUCCGAGCUCGACUCCGAUCCAUAUGACGGGGCUUGCGGAGCCGGUCUACACGAGGGGGAAUUAUAAGACACAUAUUAGGGGGCUGAAGUGGCAUCCUGAGUAUAAAUUUUACUAUGCGAGUGCAAUGGGUGAGGGGGAGGCGUUGUUGUUUGUAGACUUUGAUAGUAGGAGGAGGUGGAGGUUAGGUGGAGUGGCGCAUGGAGCGGUGCAGCUGGAAGGAGGGUCGGAGGGGAGACUCCAUCUACAGUAUCCUGAAAACAAGAAAGAUACGAGCGCAUUAGAGCCUGUACGUUUACAACAUGUGGCAGAAAUGAAGGCCUAUAGAAACCCACAUAAUGUAGCAUGGCAGCAACAUAUAAAGAAAUUCGGCUCGGAUGACAUAUUCCGCGGCUGCUGGCUUCAGGUGGCUGGGGGACCAUUGUGUUGCAUAGGCGUCUCGAGCACGGGACCACACUCUCUGGAACAUUUGAUCGGUCUCGGCAAGAAGAGAACGUAUGUUAGCUCCAAACAUGUGGGUGCUAUACAUAUGAGCGCCAGUGGGGUGGACAAUGCAUGGAAAUGA